GUUCGCGUUGGGAUAUCGAAUCGGACGGGUUUUGAUCGCGCGCGCGACGCGUUUGUUGCUUACGUUCCCUUUAUUUUUUUUUGUUCGUUGAGGCGCUUAAGGAAAAGUGGUUUGCGCGAAUCUGGCGCUAGACGGAAUCCGCCGCUGCCGCCACCGUCGCAGUGCAGAAAUGUGUUGAAACAAGUUUCGUUCGGAGAGCCUUUUCGCAUGUGUUUUCAUUUUAAGUUUUUGGGGGCCUGUGCUAUGCUCCAUGAUCGAAGGGCGAUUUUAAGCCAUUUCGCGCCGUUUGGUUGGGGAAUCAUCACCGCGCUAAAAGCAUCUCGUUAGGUGCGCAUUGCUGCACUACUGUAUGCAAUUGGUCCCUUUGCUGAAUUGAAGAAUAAACGUAGUGUCUCGAAACGCAUUAAGGCUUUUGAGAGGGUGUUUAACGAUUUUGGAUGAAUUGUGUACCCUUCAGUGCUGAAGCUGCUGCAUGUGAAUCGAUGGAGUGUGAAUUAAGUCGCCCAACAAUAAAUUUGAGCUAAAGUAUCAUCAUCAUCUUGUCGAAGGUGUCGAGUGUUGAAGAAAUAGGAGAAGAAACGUACCCCUCUCGGUAGAAGGCUUUGGAGUGUGCGCUCGCUUAGGUUUAGGCGCAGUUGAAAGUGAGAAAAGUAGGUCUCGUUGAGUGACCGUUGUGAACGUGCAGUCAGCUGGAACUUCGCUGCGCAGUGCUUACGACAGUCAGCGGUGAUUCACGGCCCACUACCUCAAGGAAGGUCGAUUCGAGAUAAAUAAUUAUCGGCUUUGUCACGUUGUGCGGUUGAUCUUGCGCUGCUCUCUGUCCGGGCUGGUGUUUGUGUGUUUAUGAUACGCCUUCAAUAACUGAAAUGGAAUUUCCCUGUUCGCUUGAGUGAAUCUGUAGGGAUUCAGCAUUUUUGUUCUGCGGUACAGAGCACUCCGGUGUGCUGGUGUAUAAUUAAGAGUGAUAUCGCACGUUUGCUUGCUGGCGGGUGCGACAACGCCAUCGAGUUAUUCAAGUGCUUUCGUGUUUCGCGGCAAUUGAGCUGUUGGAAAGAUAUGAAUUGUUUGUUUGGGCAAGAUAGUGAAUGAGUGUUACGCGAUGUUGACGACAAGAAAACCGGGGCCGCCAGUCCCUCCCAGACCUAGCGCUGCAGCCGUGGCCAAUGCACUGGCCAGACACCGUGAGAACUCUCCCAGCCCGGUUGGAGUUCACACGCUGAAGCCACCACAUCCAGGACGUACUGUGGUUUACAAAUCGCCGGGAUUCGAUCAACCCAAGAAACCGCAACAGAGCAGCACUAACGGAAAUUUCGCCGCAAACGGAGACUCCAAGAACUGCACGGACUAUUCACCUCAGAAGACCGAAGUCUACCUUAGCGAUUCUAACGGACUCUACGUACCGCGUCCCAUUCUACCGGUUGAGAAUGGCGUUAAUCACCGCAAUAAUAACACCAAUUCCAACCUAGUAAACGGCAAACUAAUGUACACAUCAACGUGUAGUAUAAUUGAAGUAAAUUCUUCCUCGUCAGCCUCGACUUCGGCAUCGUCUUCGCCAAUGUCAACACUUCAAAAGCCAGAAUCCAUCGGUCGUAAUGAGUGCAAUCAUCGUAAUUUUGCCGUUGAAGAGGACUCCAUUACGAGCCAAAAACAGCUGAAAAAUUCCUACAACCAUCAGCAUCUGGACGCAUUUGAUGAUGCCUCGGACAUUAGGCGUAAUUCGCCCGAUGUGAUUGUGAUCAACUCAACGUCCUCGGAGCAUGACAGUGGCACCGAGCAAAAUUCGAUCGAUACCAAUAGCAUUGCCAGCAGCAAUUCGCUCGAACGGGAGAAUAAUAUGAAAAACCUUGGAAAUCGACAAGCUCACAUGACCGAGAUUAUCAUCGGAUUAAGCCCGGAUGAGCUCUGUUCCACCACGACCGUUGUAACCAACGGAACAUCCACGAUCAUCGAAGCCCGGAACGAUACUCUCCUUACCAAUCCGUCCUCGCCGGACCCCAUCAAACAUGUGAUAAGAACAUCGUCCAUUCGACUCCCGUACCGCCCGGAGCCCGAAGGUGGCGAGCAUAUCUCACCCACAAACGAUCGCAACGCAUCUACCAAAUUGAUCAAUCCCCCGUCGAUCGACCCGAAAACGAUCGACACCAAGCUGAGCGAGAAGAAAGUGGCCUUUCAUGAGUUGCUCAUUUCCGAGCUGACGGCAAUGAGGCAGCAGCACUCUGGCUUGCUGGAGGAAGGUGGCGUUAAUGCCGGAGCUGCCUCCAGGCGACAGCGAUGCCCCCCGGAGACGCGCUCAUCGGCGGAUGUUUCGCCGAGUGGAACCAGCAGCCGGCCGGCAGCGGCGAGCAGGAUCCGUACGGCCGAUUGGAUUGAGGUGGGCGAUAACGGCAAAGAGGUUGUGCUUUCCAGCUGCCAGAUCAGCCUGGAGGAUUCCGGCAUGGAGGACGAGGAGAAGCUGGACGAUGCCUCGUCCGGUGUGGGGGAUUCCUGGGAUAGCGUCAAGGAUGCCGAAGAACGCAUCACGAUGUCCCUGCCGGGACUGCCCCCGCUACCAAAGAGUCUCAGUGGUUUCGAUUUAGCCGGUCAACAGCUUCAAGUCCAUCAGCAGCACCAUCUCCUUCAGCAGCAGCAGCACCAACACCACCACCAGUCAUCUCAUCAUCAGCAUCUGCUGCAACCGCCACAGCAUCAACCACCUCCACCACCUUCCCAGCAGCAGAUGCUUCAACAACAGCAGCAGCAACAACAGCAACAACAACAACUCCCUCCAUCCCUAAAUCACCAUCCGACGAAUCCGUUCAUCCCGUUAGGGGUCAACCUGCAGAGUGUCAGUAUGGCGUCGUUGGUUUCGCAGCGCGGGGCCCCAUCGCCGGUCAGCACCAUUAGCAGUGGCAACAGUAUCGCCGCAACGCCAAACAGUGGAUCCAGUAGUGGCAAUGGAGGAGGAGGCGGGGGAGGAGGAAGUGGGGUCGGAAGUAGCAGCAUUCGGAAGCCAACCACCUUGGACACCCAGCUGGCGGUUUUGCGGAGAGAAAUGAUCAAAACCCCUCCCUUGGCACUACCGAGGCUUCCCUACGACGUCAUUUUCACUUUUGGCGGUUGGAGCGAAGGCCUUCCUCAGUCGACUAUUGAAACGUACGAUACCCGGGCGGACCGAUGGAUCAAGAUAGACGCAGACAACCGGACGGAAGCGCGAGCGUACUACGGAGCGGCAGUUGUCGGCCAUACGGUGUACUGUAUCGGAGGAUACGACGGAGUGGAACACUUCAACACGUGUCGGAAGUUUGACGCCGUCAGUAAGGUCUGGAGCGUGAUAGCGCCGAUGCAUUGUCGGCGGUGUUAUGUCAGUGUUGUGGAGUUGGACGGCUUCAUCUAUGCCAUGGGCGGCUACGACGGUCACAAUCGGCAGAACACGGCCGAGCGCUACAAUCCACGAAACAACCAAUGGACCAUGAUAGCUCCGAUGCAUUCGCUUCGGUCGGACGCGGACGCUUGCACAUUGGAUGGCAAGAUCUACAUAACCGGUGGAUUCAAUGGCCAAGAGUGCAUGAACUCCGCAGAGGUCUACGAUCCCAAAGAAAACAUCUGGACCAUGCUACCGAACAUGUUGAACCGACGCUCCGGAGUAUCCUGUAUUGCUCACAGAGGCAUCGUGCACGUAAUCGGUGGCUUCAACGGCUUGAUUCGGAUGAACUCUUGCGAACGGUUCGACCCAAUAACUCGGCGAUGGCAAAGUUUCAAGGAAAUGUACUACCAACGUAGCAAUUUUGGGUUGGAAGUCAUCGACGACAUGAUCUUCGCCAUCGGAGGCUACGACGGGGUAAGUGCAAUAUCCCACACGGAGUGCUACAUUUCCGAGUCCAACGAGUGGCUAGAGGCCACGGAUCUCAAUCAGUUACGUUCGGCGUUUAAGGCGGUCAUCAUAUCUGGGCUGCCGAACGUGCGCGACUACAUCCACAAAGACCGGGAAAAUCUUCUGGCCGAUCGACGUCAGAAACUGCUCAGUUCGGAGAUUGAAGGCGAUGAGAUGGAUUCAGAAUCAACCAGUACGAUAAACGACGUAGAUUGAAGAAAACUUUACGAUGGGUGGUCUAAAUUGUAAAUGUGUAAACAAAAUUUAAACCGAGCAAAAUUAAACGACUGACGAUUCAAACGGAACAAAACAAUGCAUAAUACGUGUAAGCGCGUCUGCCGUGUACGUUUCGCAUGACGGAAUAUAGUACCGUUUCUGUUGCUGCAAUUCCCACCUAAAUUGUGAUGAUAAUAACAAUCACACAGCGAUGCGACACGCGGUGGCGGUGUUGUUGGUUGUAGGUGUUAUGUAAUUUGAUUUUUGUUUUGAUCGAACUUUAUCUUCGUUUAUUGUUUUACACAUUUCGAAACGUGCUUCUCCGCUGAUAUACAAUCCGGUGUAGGGAAGUGCAGUGUAAAGCGCAAACUGCGUAAAUAAUUUGCUAUAAGUUUGAGAAUUUGCUCAUGAUCAGUAUCGUAGGCAGCUUUUGCGUUUUUCUUACAUACUUGUUGAUUUUUGAGUUCCAUACAUGGUUGUUAAAAGAAUCCCAGUAUGAAUCAAUGAAGAAAUUUAUGGAGGAAUAUUGAUGGAUAUUCGAAAGAAAAAAAAAUCUAGGGAAUUCCGGGAAAAUCAGUCCCUCAACCCUUAUGUGGCCGACAGGGUACUCGGGUACCCAGCGCCCAUUUAAAAAGCACGGUGUAGGUAUCAGGUAUCAGAAGGCCGGCUCCAGAGGCACGUUAUCCUCCAUUUGGGACAUUUGUGCCAUCGCCAUACAUAUAAGCCUAUUUCAUCAUUUACCUGAGGGAAUCGGACAAGGGAUGGAAUGGGAUUAGGAAAAGGAAAGGUGAUAAAAUAGGAAGGGGUGCCCUAGAAGAGGGAAUGAACGCAUAAGCGCAACGAGAGCUCAUAGCCCAUACCACAACGGGUUUAAUCAGUGCCCUGAAAAGGACAUUAUAAAACGCAUAAGCGUAAAGAGAGGCUAUAGCUCAUUGGAGGUAGCUUGUGACGUCAGGCCACUUUCAAUAUGACAUUGAAAGGCACGUCAUCGAAAGCAUCCUCAAUAUUCAAGAGAUCACUCAAGCAAAAACUACGUUUGAGCGAGUACUUUCUUGAAAACGUAUACAACUUUGUGUAAAAGAGUCACUGUGGACAUCCCAAAUUGGGAAGCAUGUGAGUUCACAUGAAUAGCCAUGUCAGCCAGACGAACAUCACAGAUGUGAUAAUCGACAAUGCGUUUCAAGCAUUUCAGAAAGAACGAGGUAAUCAGAUGAAUCUGGAACUCAUUCCUUCUUUAUACAACGCACGCACCCUUUUGG